CCUAUUGUUUUGUUUAUAAUAUAAGACAAUCAGUUUUGUAAAUAAUAUUGAGGAUAAAUGAUUGAAUCAUUUAAUUUCGAAAUUUAUCAAAUAUUGUUUAUCUAAUAAAAAAACUGUUUUGGAUAUGAAAGCACUUUAAUGACAGAAAGAAGAUACAGAAGAACUGACAUGGCAGAAUAUUGUUUUGUUUGUGGAAAUAAAUUGUUAGGUUUCUCAGCUUUGAUGACUGCAACUGCCACUUCACACCUGGGUGUCGACAUACCUGUGAAGAUCGGACAAGUCGUAGGAAAUGAUUUCUUUAUAAUUGUUUCCAAUGAAGAUAAAAUAUGCAAGCACUGUUUAAAUCUAAUUAACGAGCUUGACGAAUUUGAAAAUAAUGUGAUUAUUGCUAGGAAGAAAGUUUUUAAUUUGUUAGCAAAAAAAUAUAGCAUUCAUGAUGUGAGCGAUACUCGUUGCAACUACAAUCUGAGAUACAAUCAUUUUGAACAGAACCCUUCUAUUGAUGCACCGAGUCACAAAUUUGACAUUUCAACUGCUAAAAUUCUCAAAGAUGACCCCAGAUCAAAAGAUAACAGACUGAGUAAUUAUGAUGGUUCAUUUGACGAGAAAAAAUCAUUAGAAAACUGCACUCUUGAUAGUAGAAAUCUCUUUGCCUCAACCCAUAAUAAUAUAAAACCUGAACAAAAUCAAAACACCUUUCAUGAAAGAACUGAUGUUUCACUAUCGAUUGAAAUUGUUGAAGCAUCCAAAGAAAGUUCACUUGUGUACAAGAAUGAAAAUACCGUAGAUACAAAAUCAAAAGUGACUAAUAGCAUUCAUUCUCAAGAUUUUCAAAAGAAUGAAAGUAUUAGUGAUUGUUUUUUAGGAAAAGAAGGACAAAAAAAUCAAGCUGUAGAGGGUGUUCUCCAAACAAAAAUAACUACGAAAAAUUCACAAUUUGACAGUGUCAAUGAAUUUUGUUCAGGAAUAAAAACAGAGCAAAAUGAAAAUAACCAAUUGGCACAAAUUGAUAAAAAAAUAGUCCCCCCUGAUUUAUCAGAUUCUGUUCAGUGUAAUUUAACAAAUAAAGAAAUUGAUUUGAAACAUUGUACUAAUAAUAAAGAAUCCCUUAAAGAUAAACAGUAUAAAUGUUUCAGCCGAGAAAAUGUUUUUUGCUCCCUGUGUAAAAUUCAAUUUGAAAAUAUAAAUUCUUUCUUUAAACAUAAACAAAUAAAUAUGCAAUGUUCACAAAAAAACACAUGUACAUUGUGUAAAGUUCAAUGUAUGCAUAAUCAUCAUAAUUUACAAUGUGAAAAUCUUACGCUUUCUAAAGCGACCAAAGAAUAUUACAUUUGUAGUAUAUGUGAUAUUCGUUUUGACACAUCUAAAGCCCUUAGAAGUCAUCAAGUUAAAUCACAUCAGACUAAACAGAAUUUUGGUUGUAGGAUUUGCAGUAAAAUCUUUAAAAAACAGAUACAAUUAGAUAACCAUGUAAAGUAUUUUCAUGGAUCUAGGAAAUGCAAAAUAUGUGGAAAAUAUAUUGAAGAUGAAGUCAAACUUCGUCAACAUGUGCAAAGGCACAUUAGGUUAGACUCGAAAAAACUCGACUGUGAUGUUUGUGGAAGAAAUUUUAAAACUCCAAGUGGUUUGAGAGUACAUAAAGUGAGCCAUACAGGGAAUUACAAAUUUUUUUGUGAGUUCUGUGGCAGGGGUUUCAUGUCCGCUGUAAUAAUGGAUGAGCACAAAGGCGUUCAUACCAAAGAAGAAAAGUACAUGUGUGAUAUGUGCGGUAGAAAGUUUGUACAUUAUAGCACUUUCCAUUUGCACAAACAAUGGCACAGAGACCCGUUUCCUUUUCCUUGUAAAAUCUGCGAUAAAAAGUUCAAGUACAGAUCAGAAAGAUCGAACCACGUCAGAAGGGAUCAUACAGGAGAUUACCCUUAUAAAUGUGAUUGCUGUCAAGCAAAGUUUUUAAAAUUGGUAUAUUUAAAAAGGCACAUGAUAAACCACACACAUAAGUACCCACACACAUGUGAAAUGUGCAAUAAAGGCUUCGAUCAAAAAAGAAGUUUAGCCAGGCAUCUUGCAUGUAUACACAAAGACAAUUCUUUAUUGAAUACUCCAAAACAAUGUCAAUAUAAAAUUAUUUUAAGGCCAGAGGAAUAUGAUUUUACUCGAAAUAAAUGAACGAUUUAUACAGGUUAAUUAAUUAUAAGGUUAAGUGUAUAUAUUUGAAUGUAAUUUGUUUUUAUAGUUGU